AUGCUCCCAACCGUGGUCGUCUCUGCCCUUCUCCUCUGCACGGUGGCCGGCCAGGGGUGCUUAACCUUGGUAGGGAUCAAGGAUAUGCAGCACCUUAUCAACAACCUACAGAAAGAUCCAUCUUCAACGUGCAGCUGCAGUGGCAAUGUGACCAAUUGUUCGUGUCUGCCCAUUCCUUCUGACAACUGCACCACACCAUGCUUCCAGGAGGGUCUGUCACAGAUGACCAACACCACAGUGAAAACAAAAUUCCCCCUGAUUUUUUAUCGGGUGAAAAAUACGGUUGAACGCUUGAGGAGUAACAAGUGUUUGGAGCGCACAGUGGUGUUUUCCAAAGGCGACAUGGCGAGUAAUAUCAACAGAUUGAAAGCAGAAGGCAAUAGGGAUGGGAAUCCACCUGUCCUCUGUUUAAACCAGACGUUAGAGAGAUUUGCAAAAAUGUGCCAGUGCAGAUCUGAACUGGAUGGCGACCGAUCAGUGGAUCCUCCAAGGUGGCAGCUCAGUGACUCCAGCCGGGAGGUGAGGAACAGGGUGCUUACAAUUGAGAAGGAGGGGACUCUGAGGUCAGUGGGUUCCGGAGACAUCGCUGUCAGCAGCAACCUGUAG